CGCGAAGAUCCGUGUCCCCAUUUUCGUUCUAACUUUCGUUAUUCCAAGAUUGAAAAGACUUGGAAACGAAUCAACCCAGCUGCUUCUUCCAAACAAUUGUUUAAUUCUUUUAUUUGUCUCAUCCAAUUGUUCUUAUUCCCUGUUGGGUUUUGUUUAAAUUCACUAAAUACAUCUUUGAUUUUCAACUUCCAGAGUCAGACACCUGUUUUCAGAGGAUUUGAAUCAAAUUUGAAGGCUAUGACUGCCAUUGAUGAAAGCCAUGGUAGCAUCAGAGAAACGGAGGCCUCUGCUUCUGAAACAGAAUCCCAUGGAAGUCUGAGUUUCGAAGAUAUAGACAUGGAAUUCAAUUAUGGUCGCAGAGGGAGAGUUUGGCAUAAAUCGAUUUCUGUAGUACGGAGGGAGAUACCUGAGUCUACCAAAGGAUGGCCUCUUCUUCCAAGAACAAAUCUUUCAAGUCUGAAAUUUCAAAGUAGAACCAAAGAGAGAGAUACAUCUGUGGUUGAAUGGGUUAUGACUCUACCGGAUCGAUCGAGCGAACUCAGUUUGCAACACCAGAUUGAUUCAGGCUUGAAUAGCAGAGAAAGUAACAAUUCUAGUUUUGAAGUUUCUUCAAGCUUUGUUUCUAAUGAGUCCCCAAAAUCAACAGCAGGUUGGCCUCUAUUAAGAGAUUCGCCCAUUUCUGAUUGUUCAGAAGACUCUGAAGCUUUAAAAAUGCCUGCAACAUCCCAGAUUGGUUCAGUAGAAAAUCCUAUUGAGAGAAGGUUUUGCAAGAAAUGUUUGAUGACACCAAGAAAGCUCAUUAAGAAGAUGGAGAUGGAGCUUUUGAUUAAAUUGAAGCCAUCUGGUUGUAAGAGGUUCAGUUACAAGGAGCUCAAGAAAGUAACUUCCCAGUUCUCCUCAGGAAACUUGAUUGGAGAGGGAGGGUGCAGCAAUGUAUACAAGGGCAAUCUUCCGGGCAACAAGCCGGUGGCAAUAAAGGUUCUGAAAUCCUACAAGGAAGCUUGGGAGGACUUCACUUUAGAAACUGAAAUAAUGUCUUCAUUAAAGCACAAAUACAUUACACCUCUUAUUGGUGCAUGUAUUGAAGAUCACCGUCUCAUCUUGGUCUAUGACUACUUGCCCAAAGGAAGCCUAGAGGAAAUUCUACAUGGAGGUAGUGAGGAAUCUGUAUUGCCAUGGAAAGUGAGGUUUGAAGUUGCUGUUUCGAUAGCCGAGGCUUUGGAUUACCUGCACAAUCAAUGUUCUAGGCCGGUUAUUCACAGAGAUGUAAAGUCUUCCAACAUUCUUCUCUCCAAUGAGUACAAACCACAGUUGUCGGAUUUUGGACUUGCCAUAUGGGGACCAACAGAUUCAAGUUGCAUGAUACAGGACGACGUCGUAGGGACGUUGGGUUACAUAGCUCCGGAAUACUUCAUGUAUGGAAGGGUUAGUGACAGAAUUGAUGUGUACUCCUUUGGUGUAGUUCUUCUGGAAUUGUUAGCAGGGAAAAGGCCAAUUGAUUUAAAGCUAAAAGGACAAGAGAACCUGGUCAAUUGGGCAAAACCAUUAUUGGCAAGUGGAGACAUCAGUUCAUUGCUUGAUCCAAAGUUAAAUGGGGACUUUGAUAUUCUUCAAAUGCAUAGAAUGGUUCAGGCAACAACACUAUGUGUCAGUCAAUCUGUUCGAUCUCGCCCGAAUAUCAGACAGGUACUAGAGCUAUUAAAAGGCGAGACGGGAGGAGAAAAACUGCUAAACUCCAAUGUUGAUGAUUCAGAAGAGUCAGCAGAACAGGAAGAUGAUAUUGUUUUCCCAGAAAUUGGCUAUUUGCAAGACUUGGAUCGAUAUAUUUCGAUCAUGGAGGCAGAUGAGGAUGAGUCCAUAUCAGUAAACACGGAUGGUAGAGCAUCUCUAAGUUGUGUAGUCCAAAAGAAACAUCACAAGUUAAAAGAGUACUUGAAAGAACAGCAAGAUUGAUCAUCUUAGCCUUUGUUUAUAUAUUUAUUUAUUCAUUUUUGAUAACUGAGAAUUCUCAAGCCCAA